UUUAUGAGUAGCCGGGGUGCCAAUCAGUUCUUUUUCCUUAAGGUUUUGAGCGUUUGCGGCACUUUUGGGGAUACCCGAGUCAUUUCAACUAUUAUAUUUUAUCACACGCUUGGUGGUAGCUACACACUCCACAUUAAGGACAAGUAAGAUUUACUCCCUCGCGUCGCCAGCUCAUCUUACCAGUCUCACUAUCGCCGAUUUUGAUUCUUCCCAAACAUGGAUGACACAACCGCAUACCAGGCUAACUACCGUUGGUACGAACCGGGAAUCACACCGAAUCAAGUGACUGACCGUUACACAAACAUGGCUCAAAAAUAUGAUGAGAUUUUGAGUCCUGAACGCUACAGAGGUCCCGAAAUAGCAGCUAAUGAGGUGGCAGCUAGAAUAUCUAAGGACAAACGUGACGACAUCAGAAUCAUCGAUGUUGCCGCCGGGACGGGAAGAGUUGGUGUGUUGCUCAAGGACAAAGGGUUCUCAAACAUUGAUGCCCUGGAGCCAUCGAAGGGCAUGAUGGCUCGCUUGAAGCAAACUGAAGCCUAUACAAACACUUACUCAGAAUUCCUUGGAAUUGGACACAAUUCAGUCCCCAAAGAUACUUAUGACGUCUUAGUCAUCGCAGGUGGCAUGGGAGAGGGCCACAUACCUGUCAAAGGCAUCAAUGAUAUGAUCAGAAUAGUGAAGUCUGGAGGAUUUGUCAUCAUUGUGAUGAGGAAGGAGUACCUAGAUUACGUCGAAGAAUACAAGAACAAACUGAUUCCUUACAUGGAUGAGAUGGAAAAACGAGGAAAGUGGACUAAGAUUGCGCUUAAAACCAUCCAUAAUUAUGCUUUCAACAAGGAUGGACUUCUCUUUACUUACAAGGUCUUAUAGUAAGUACCAUAGAUAUAGAGGGAGAGACUGGACAGCCUAUGAUAACCAAACUGUUUAUGACGUACACUGCCUUGAGCCAUUACUAUGUGUUGAUAACUAUGUAAAUAGUGAAGCACCUCAAGCAAUCCAGUGUGAAAUCCUGUACUAAUUUUAAGACUUGUUUUCUCAGCUGUCCUUAAAACUGUCAAAUGACUUAUGCAUCAUUUACUAAAUACAUUAUGUACUGCAUGCAAAUAAAAAUAUUUAGUUUG